AUGAGCAUGACUCACCGGUCAAAAGCCACUCCAAGAUCUCAGAGGCUUGUUCUAUUGUUAUGUAUACUCGUCGCCGUGGCAUUUCUCAUCCUUUUCUCUUCCGUCGUUUCCAUUGGCGGAUUGGGUUUACCGUACCGGAACACCCUACUUGAUUAUUUCGUUAGGUCUCCUCGAACCAAGAGACAUCACAGUUUGUGGGACAAGUACUUGUAUUGGGGAUACAGAAUCGAUUGUCCUGGCAAGAACUGCGAGACUUGUGCUGGUUUAGGUCACCAAGAAUCAAGUCUUAGAUGUGCCCUUGAAGAAGCCAUGUUUCUUAACAGGACAUUAGUAAUGCCUUCUCGGAUGUGUAUCAAUCCAAUACAUAACAAGAAAGGUUUACUUAAUCGAUCCGACAAUGAAACUACAGAGGAAAGUUGGGAAGUGAGCUCUUGUGAAAUGGAAUCAUUGUAUGAUAUUGACCUCAUCUCCGAGGAGAUCCCUGUGAUCUUGGAUAACUCGGAAACGUGGCACAUUGUGUUAUCGACGAGUAUGAAACUUGGAGAACGAGGAGUUGCACAUGUGAAUGGAGCCAACAGGCAUGAGCUAAAUGAAUCUAGCCACUUUUCAGAUCUUUUACUCAUAAACCGAACCGCAAGCCCCUUGGCAUGGUUUGUUGAGUGCAAGGAUCGAAGUAAUCGUAGCGAUGUCAUGCUUCCGUAUUCAUUUCUCCCGAACAUGGCAGCAUCAAGAUUGAAAAAUGCUGCAGAAAAGAUAAAAGCAAAGCUCGGUGAUUACGAUGCGAUCCAUGUUCGUAGAGGUGACAAAUUGAAAACAAGAAAAGACAGGUUUCGUGUUGAAAGAAGUCAGUUUCCACAUUUAGACAGAGACACACGUCCAGAGUUUAUUCUUGGUCGGAUUCAAAAGCAUAUUCCACCAGGACGAACUCUUUUUAUAGGUUCUAAUGAGAGAACUCCUGGUUUCUUCUCGCCUCUCGCUGUCAGCUACAAAGUGGCUUACUCGUCGAAUUUCAGCGAGAUUUUGGAACCGAUAAUCGAGAACAAUUAUCAGUUGUUCAUGGUGGAGAGGCUGAUAACGAUGGGUGCAAAGACAUUCUUCAAAACAUUUAGAGAACACGAAACGGAUCUCAGUUUAACAGAUGAUCCCAAGAAGAACAAGAAGUGGGAAAUACCAGUUUACACCAUGGAUGUAGGCAAAGAAGAAGGAAGCUAA